CGUGCUAAAUGCAUAACCAAACACUCCCGUAUCAGCAAAUUUGGGGAGGGAACUGACCGUGGCGUAUUCUUCAAGCUUCACUCUUCGACAGCCCGAACGUCGGUAAUGGCGAUUGAUAGGGUUUAAAUGAAGACCUAAAAUCUAAUCAAGAAAUGGACAUGGAUACCGACGAAAAUUCGACAGCCAAAGGAAAGGAAGGGCAAGGGAAGCUCAUAAUGGUAAUAUUAGUGGGCGCACCUGGAAGCGGCAAAUCCACCUUCUGCGAACUUGUAAUGGGUUCCUCUUCUCGCCCUUGGGUUCGAAUCUGCCAGGAUACCAUUGGAAAUGGCAAGUCUGGAACCAAAGCACAGUGCUUGAAGAGUGCAGCGAGUGCACUGAAUGAUGGGAAGAAUGUAUUUGUGGACAGGUGCAAUCUUGAAAUAGAGCAGCGGGCAGAUUUUGUGAAGCUCUGUGGCCCACGAGUGGAUGUACAAGCUGUUGUAUUAGAUCUUCCUGCACAGCUCUGUAUCUCUCGUUCUGUUAAGCGGACUGGUCAUGAAGGGAACUUAUCAGGUGGAAAAGCUGCUGCUGUUGUGAAUAAAAUGUUACAAAAGAAAGAAUUGCCCAGACUAAAUGAAGGAUUCGCUCGCAUAACCUUUUGCCACAAUGAGACCGACGUUCAAUCCGCUAUAGAUAUGUACAAAUCGCUUGAUUUACAUGAUAUGCUUCCACGUGGAUGUUUUGGCCAGAAGAACCCAGACAAGAAAGUACAACUUGGCAUAAUGAAGUUCUUGAAGAAAGCAGAAAAACCUUCUGAGACACUUUCUAGUGCUAAUACUGUUAAGGAUUCUCCAAUUCCACAAACUACCCAGGAAAAGAGCGACUCUUGUGAUAAAAAGGAAGAAUCUGCCUGCACAAUAUCGAGAAAUGUUGAUAUAGAGUCAGAUAAAGGUGAAAGUCCAGGCGUUAGAUCCUUAGAAGACAAUAUUUCUCAGAGUGAUCCUCCAACUCUUGCAUUUCCAUCUAUUUCGACUUCAGAUUUCAAGUUUAGCCAUGAAAAGGCUGCUGAAAUUAUUGUUGAGAAGGUUGAGGAAUUCAUGGAUAAGCUUGGAAAUGCCAGACUUGUACUGGUGGACUUGAGUCAUGGAUCAAAGAUAUUGUCUUUGGUUAAAGCUAAAGCAGCUAAGAAAAAUAUUAGUUCCACCAAGUUUUUUACAUUCGUAGGUGAUAUAACUAAACUCAAUUCAGAAGGUGGAUUGCGCUGCAAUGUUAUAGCCAAUGCUGCAAACUGGCGACUGAAACCAGGAGGAGGUGGUGUCAAUGCUGCAAUUUUUAGUGCUGCAGGUUCUGGCCUAGAAGUGGCAACUAAACAACAAGCAAACUCUCUUCAACCUGGCAAUGCUGUGGCCGUUCAGUUGCCUUCAACUUCUCCUUUGUUUAAUAGGGAAGGAGUAACCCAUGUCAUACAUGUUCUUGGACCUAACAUGAACCCACAAAGGCCAAAUUAUCUCAACAAUGACUAUGAUGAAGGUUGCAAGCUUCUUCGCAAUGCUUACUCUUCCUUAUUUCAAGCCUUUAUUUCAGUAGUAGAAGACAAAUUUAAGUCAGUUAAGGGAAUUCACGGACGCCUUGGCUUGACCCCUUCAGAACCACGAAAGCACUCUGAGAAUAGCCAUCACAAGUUUAAGAGAGAGAAUUUGCAAAAUCCUGAAAGAAGCAAAAAAUGGAAAGGAUCUCAGGACUCGACUGAAGCACUAAACCAAAACAACAAUAAGACUGUCCCCAAAAUGAGUAAGCACUGGGGUUCAUGGGCACAAGCACUUUACAACACUGCAAUGCAUCCCGAGCAACACAGUGAUACUGUACUGGAGACAUCAGAUGAUGUUGUAGUACUGAAUGAUAUUUAUCCAAAGGCACGCAAGCAUCUUCUAGUAGUGGCUCGGCAUGAGGGACUCGAUCAACUAGCCGAUGUAUGUGGAGAACACCUUCCAUUGUUGAGGACAAUGCACGCUGUGGGUUUGAAGUGGAUUGAUAAGUUCUUUCAUGAAGAUGCAUCAUUAGUUUUCCGCCUUGGAUACCACUCGGCUCCAUCAAUGAGGCAACUGCACCUACAUGUUAUAAGCCAGGAUUUCGAUUCCAGUCAUCUGAAAAACAGGAAGCAUUGGAAUUCUUUCAACACCGAUUUCUUCAGAGACUCGGUUGCCGUUAUGGACGAAGUCAGUAGCCAUGGAAAGGCGAGCAUGAUGGACGAUGAGAGCUUGAUGUCUAUGGAGUUACGUUGCAACAGAUGCAGAAGUGCUCAUCCCAACUUACCCAAAUUGAAAGCGCAUAUUUUCAAAUGUCAAGCGCCUUUCCCUUCCACACUACUUGAGGGCGGUCGUUUAGUGAUUGCGCCAAGUAAUGCUCCUCUGUCUUAGUUUUCAUAAUGUCUUCCACACACAAAAAUUUUGUUGUAAAUAUUUUGAGCUCAAUAUCUUUGGGGUUUGUGUAGUUAUGAUGGCCUCGGGAAGCAUUAGUUAAUAGUUAUAACUUAUAUCACAUUUUGUUUCUCUACCAGACUACCAUGGUAACUCGGAGAAUUUCACA